AUGAGUCAGCAACAUCCGCCUCCGCUCCAGGCUUACCAGUGGACCAACCUGGGCCGAGAACUAUCAACACGCUCAAUACCCCCCAAACCACAGCCAUGGAGCACGCAGACCCAUUCCUACAAGUCCAAGCGUGAGCUCUACCCCAGCCCCAAAAAUGCAAGUCCCCCAUUAACCACCAAAGAUCCCAGUGACGUCGUUUCAACACUACAAACCAGCCGACCACUGUUCUCCUCAUAUCUCCGCAUCCGGUCGCUAGCCAAAAGCCCAAAUAAUCCAGAACUGCAGCAAGCGCGCUUGGAGCUCGAAAGCACCUUAACCGAGCUAACAGCAGACCUGAAUGACCUUGUCGAAAGCGUACGCGCAAUCGAACAAGACCCCUACCGCUAUGGACUAGAACUAGAGGAGGUGCAGCGACGGCGCAAGCUUGUCGAUGAUGUCGGUGACGAGGUUGAGAAAAUGCACGAGGAGCUACAGCAGACUGUUUCUGAUUCUGCUGUCGAGACGCUGCCUAAUCCGACGGAGUUCGAUGCGGCGCUUGAAGAGGAGGAGCGCGGUCGUAGUGGGGAUGAUUAUUAUGCGUCGAUGGAGCAGCAGCGCCAGUUUGAGCUUAUGCACGAGCAGGAUGAACAGCUUGAUGGUGUUUUUCGCACUGUUGGUAACCUCCGCCAGCAGGCGGAUGAUAUGGGUCGUGAAUUGGAGGAUCAGGCCGUCAUGAUUGAUGAGGUUGAUACGCUGGCCGACCGGGUUGGGGGGAAGUUGUCGAAUGGGAUGUCGCGUAUCAAACACAUUGUGCGCAAGAAUGAGGGUAAGAGAUCUCUUUUGGGGGGGGCCGUUUAUUCUGUCUAUGCUGGAUUUCUACAGGGAUGGACAAUCUGGUAUGGUAUGGGAAUCUCAAGUUCAAACUAA